AUGGUUGGAGAAAAGAAUAUCAACAUAGCUAGUGUGAAACAAGGAAUUUCAAUGAUGCAACAUAGACUACGGCAGAAGAAGAUUCUUUUGAUUAUAGAUGAUGUCGACAAGCACGAGCAGUUGCAGGCAAUUGCUGGAAACCCUGAUUGGUUUGGUCCCGGCAGUAGGGUCAUCAUCACAACUAGGGACAAACAAUUGUUGUCAUCUCACUUGGUUGAAAAAACAUAUAAAGUGAAAAAGUUGAAAAAGAAGGAUGCUCUUCGACUGCUUAGUUGGAAAGGUUUUAAAACAGAAAAAGUUGAUACAGGUUAUGUGAAUGUUAUGGAUCGUGUACUAACUUAUGCUUCUGGCCAUCCAUUGGCUUUGGAAGUAAUAGGUUCGAAGUUGUUUAGAAAAAGUAUACAAGAGUGGGAAUCUGCCAUCAAUCAGUAUGAAAAAAUUCCUAACAAUCAAAUCCUGGAGAUGCUUAAAAUAAGUUUUGAUGCUUUAGAUGAAGAAGAGAAGAGUGUUUUUCUUGACAUUGCUUGUUGUUUCAAAGGAUUUGCAUUGGCAGAGGUGGAAGAUAUACUCCGUGCUCAUUAUGGUGCUUGCAUGAAAUAUCACAUUGGGGUGUUGGUUGAAAAAUCUCUCAUAAAAUAUACUUGGAAUUCUACAGUUACGUUGCAUGACUUGAUAGAGGACAUGGGUAAAGAAAUUGUCAGACAGAAAUCACCAAAAGAGCCAGGGAAGCGCAGUAGAUUAUGGUCACCAGAAGAUAUAAUUCAAGUUUUGGAAGACAACUCGGGAACUGGAGAAAUUGAAAUCAUAUGUUUGAAUUCCUCCUUACUUGACAAAGAAGAAACAGUAGAAUGGAAUAGAAAGGCUUUCAAGAAGAUGAAAAACCUAAAAACACUAAUUAUUAAAAAUGGUAAUUUUUCCGAAGGUCCAAAAUAUCUUCCAAAUUGUCUAAGAGUACUGGAAUGGUGGAAAUAUCCUUCACAAGGUUUACCACCAGAUUUUCGUUCAAAGAAACUUGCCAUUCUUGAGAGCUUCCCAGAAAUAUUGGGAAAAAUGGAAAAAAUAACAGAACUUGUGUUGGAGGCCUGUGACAUAAAAGAGUUGCCAUUUUCAUUUCAAAAUCUCACUGGGCUUCAAACAUUAGAGUUGCGUUUCUGUGGAAGGUUAAGGUUACCAAGUAGCAUUGUCAUGAUGCCAAAAUUGGCUCAGAUUAUUGCUUGGGAAUCGAAAGGGUGGCUAUUUCCAAAACAGGUUGAGGGUGAAGAGAAAGUAAGCUCAAUGGUGUCUUCAAAUGUAGAUUGUAUUCGUCUCUCAGGCUGCAAACUCUCAGAUGAAUUUGUCCAAAUAGCUCUUAAACUGCAUGAGGCUGGAAACACCAUGUUUCAGUUUUCAGGAGCCAUGUUUCCAGAAUGGUUCGAGCACCACAGUCGGGGACCAUCUUAUUCGUUCUGGGUUGGCAACAAAUUCCCUGCAAUUGCUCUUUGUAUUACUAUUGGACCAACUCAUCUGAAAUAUGUUGAAAUUGUUGGACCUAUCAUGGUCAUCAAUGGCAUUGAAUGUUCACUUGAUGAGGAGGAUGAUCCCUAUUUAUGUAUGCUCCCUGAUCACACUUAUCUUUUCGAUCUGCAACAGAUAUUUUUUGCAGAUUAUCUAGACAGAUUUGUGUCAGAAAAUGAAUGGAACCAUGUUGAGAUUACAUACUUAGUCAAGCAGAGAUUCAAUAAAAAAGACAAACAUGUGAUCUCGGUCUUCAUAGAAAAUGGAAUCUAUGCGCUCAAACAGAGGAGCAGCACGGAGGAUAUUCUUAUUCAAUUCACUGAUCCCCACAAAAAGAGAAGAUUAGAUGUUGAUUCAGAGAUGUAA